AUGUUCUGGGGAAACACGAAGAUUGACUGGGGAGUUGUGCACAGAUUUUGCGAUAAACUCAAGGACUAUUGGCAUUUUCGUAUGAAGUUCAACAUCCGCACCUCAAAUAUCAAAUAUCUCUUUCAGCGCUUCGUCGAGGCGAAUGAAAAAAGUUAUCACGCAAACCGUUUUAACUUCUUGUACGAGCUCCACCGUGCUCGUGAGCUCCAGCCAACAGAUCCCCGCGACCACAUCUUCGCUUUCCUCGGCCAUUACUCACUUCGUUCAAAGUAUCAUCCAAACAGAGAGCUGGCUGUGUUUGAGGCGGACUAUAACAAAAGUCUGCCGCAGGUUUAUAUUGACUUUGCUAAGCGCGCAUUGAGAGGCGGUCAAGGUGACUCGGCUUUGAUAGCUUUGGCAGUCGUACAGCACGGUUCUUUGCCUUCCCACCGUGCGACUGAGAAUAAUACAGGCCCUGAGAGAAGCCUAUCGAUCCAGAGCAAAUUACCGUCUUGGGUAGCUGACUGGACGAUUUACAAAGGCUUUAUCCUCGCCGAGCCAAUCAGCCCACAUAAGGCUCAUGGAACUUCAAGGCCGAAAAUGGAAAUUGAUGAUGACAAAUUAAUCCUGCGGAUUCAUGGCGUGCAAGUUGAUACUUUAGAAGAUUGCUCUAGGGUGUUAAGAGACCGUGAAUUUCAUGAUACAAGAGAGCACCGGGGUACUGAGUCAUCUGUUGAGUACCUCUGGCGGAAAAUAUGCCAGAAGAAGGAUUUCAACCUCGAAGAUAAAUAUCCUAACGGCCACACAGCUUUUUUCGCCUUUUCUCAAACCCUUAGCAAUGGCUGCGUCCAAAUAUCUGGCGAGAGGGUUCCCAGUAUCAUGAUAUUAACGGAUUCAGAUGGCGCCAUUGCUCCCGGCCUUCUUGAGCUGGGCGAGAAGGCAGACCGCAAGGGCGGGAAAGAGGAGUGGAGUCGCUCAGUUAAUGCAGCAUCAAAGGGCAGAAGGUUUGCAAGAACGAAGAAAGGUCUGUAUGUCCUAGGUCCGGCAGCGAUGGAGAGGGGCGAUGUUGUGUGCGUUCUCUUUGGUGGCAAAGUGCCUUUCUGCCUGCGACGCAUGGGGUCCCGUCAUAUGCUUGUCGGCGAAUGCUAUGCCCACGGGUUGAUGAAGGGAGAGGCCAUGACCAUGAUGGCUAAGGACGAGCUGGUAGAGAAGGUCUUUGAGCUUGUGUGA